UGUGUCGUGACGUCGGAGUUUCGGGGCUGAUCCUUUACGCUGACUGAGAAUAUCCACGUGUUAGGAGUCGGGAAUAUAUAGCUGUAGACGCAAAGCUCUGACAUCGGAUAUUCCAUGUAAAUGUUCGGCGUAGCAGGAAACCAUGAGUUCGUCUUGCCCAGUAAGCUACAGUCAGAUAGAAGAUUUGGCGGGAAAAAACAUCACAGCAGACGACGAGUUAAAAUGGCCAUGCGCAUUGCGGGUAUUUUGGAUUGACAUUCUCCCGUUUGUGGAACUAGUCAGAGGGUUGCUGUCUUAUGGAACCUCUAUCAUAGUGGCUUUGGGUCUGAUCUUUAAUGCGAUAUCUUUUAUCGUGCUUACUCGGAAACACAUGAGAAAAUCCACAACCAACAUGUAUCUGUCUGUUUUAGCCGUUUACGAUUGCCUUUCUCUGACUUUGAAUUUCAUGAUUGGAGUUCUCCGCGGACAAAACCCAGACACCGUCAAUAAAGAUUUCCAACAAUCGGAAGGCCUCUGUACUUUCCAUGGCGUCAUUGUUGAGUUGUUCAAUCUGCUCUCGGUAUGGCUGAUUGUUGCGUUUACCGUCGAGCGCUUCAUUAUGGUAAAAUUUCCCUUAAAGGCUAAAAAUCUUACUCCACAGAGGGCGCUUUAUACGAUUAUCGGGGUCUCGGUCACUGUUUUCAUUUUCUCCCUGCAUAAAAUUGCCGUUUCCGGUUUCGAGGGCGAUUCCGUUUUCGGAUACAAGGCAUGCAAGACCCGGCGAGCGAUUUUCCCAGAAAUUAUCUACUUCUACGUAGCCUUCAACACCUGGCUGCCAACGUUCAUUAUAGUAAGCUUCAACACCAUGAUCAUCCUUGAAAUAAAAAAGAAUCAAAAGAAAAGAAAAGAGAUGACUUCCAAUGCUAAUUCCAUGUCCAAGUCCGACGAGAAGGCAACGAAGCUAUUGUUGGCCGUAUCUUCUGCCUACGUCAUACUUAUCCUUCCGCUGGGUUUGAUUCAAACGACAGAGCUCAUUUGGAAUAACACGGAGAAAGUCGGAACCACGGACCCGAAUUAUGUUCAUUUCAUGACCACGAAGAUAAAACUGAAGUGGUCUAGGGCGUUCUUUUUCUUUUUCUAUCAAUUCAACUUCGCUAUCAAUUUCUUUCUGUACGUUUCGUCGUCAUCUGCUACUCGAUUUCGAACAACUCUUAGAAGAUUGCUCGGGUUUAAGGUCAAGAAAGAGGACAUGACGUGGAUCUCCCAGUCGCAUGUUCCGAAAAAGAACAUGAUUGCCCCCGCUCAAUCGGAGGUUUCCGAAAUUCCGAAGACAUCGCAAGAAAAGGAUAAAGACAACGCGUAAACUUGUCCCAUUGCUGGAAUAACGUUAUUUUCAAUAUCAAAGAACUAUAUAUGAUAAGUGUUAAAUUUGGCCCCCAUAAUUCGCCAUUUUUUAAGUGUUCCGGGUACAAUAAAAUGUUAACUAAUUUUUUAGAAGAGUUGAUAUAAAAUAUAUUUUUCAUCUAUUUAUUUGAUUCAUUUGCACUCACUGGCAGUAUAUGACGUCAGAAGUGACGCCAUUUCUAUAAUUCAAUCAAAAUCAGCCAAAAAUUGACAUUUUUCUUAUCUAUUUACGAAUGGAAAAUAUAGAGCGCAUGCUUGAACAAGGAAAAUUUUUUUGUCACUUAUCAGUCUUGGCUAGAUACAUCUCUUAUUAAAAUAUUUUAUUUGUUCAAGAAUGCGCUCUAUGUUUUCGGAAGGAAAAACUGCUUGAAAACAAGCUGUUUUACGCUAAAAAUGCAAAAAUGGCGGGAAAAGGUUUUCUUUAGAAUGUCAUAUUUCUAAAUUGCAGGCACUUGAACCAAAAUGAAUAUAAUGUAAACACAUCACAUACAUAUCUGUACUACGAAAACAAAGAAUGAUAGUAAAAUGAUGAUGUUCAUUUUAGGGGGCCAUUUUACGCCCUUAUCAUAUAUAGUCCUUUUUGAUUUUAAUAACAACGAACGAUAAAUUAUUGUGCAGUUUGGGGGGGUGGGGGUAUGGAGCAUCCUUUUUGCAGGUUGCUCAUCAUUUGUUCAUGAUAACAUAUUUAUUAUAGUUCCUAAUAUUUCUUAAAACAUAGAGAAUAUUUAUUGAAAUGUUUCUAUUUACUCAUCGAUAUGACUCUUGUUUUUCAUUUUCUUCUUUUAUUAACCAUUAAAGCUAGAGCAACAUUUUUGUCCAUAUAGUUAGAUAUAUAUUCAUUUUGACUGACUUUUUAAUUAAUGCAUCUGUAGUACGAAUUGAAUUUUGAUGCAUUAACAUUUUAAAAUAUGAAAACUGAUAUUAAUGCAUAUCAUUAGGAUGUUAUAUUUGUCUUAUUUGUCAUGUGUGUAUUAUAUAUA